CCUGUCGGAUCCUCUCUCUGGACCACAGCCCCACAGGCUGCAUGUAUGCAGUCUUCAGCUCCAGCCGGUCGUGUCGGGCUCAGUGCAGCUUUUCCUUCCGCAUGAGCUCCUCUCCUCUCUGCGCUCUCCUCUAGAAGACUCCGCCAGCCUGUUCCACUCACACCGAGCCUGUGUGCUGCGUGUCCGUCGUGGUCAUGCUGCUCCGCCCGAGGAGAGAGGCGCUGCUCUGGCUCCUGCCCGGGCUGCUGCGGCUCUGCCUGGCAUUUGGGCCCAGUAAAGCAGAGGAGGAAGAUUAUGAGGACGUUCCCAUAAAUAAAACUUGGGUUUUAUCGCCCAAGGUUUACGAGAGCGACGUCACCCUCAUCCUGAAUAAAUUACUGCAGGGAUACGACAACAAACUGCGGCCAGACAUUGGAGUGAAACCCACUGUGAUUAAGACAGCUGUGUAUGUGAACAGCAUUGGCCCAGUGGAUCCCAUCAACAUGGAGUACACCAUAGACAUCUUCUUCGCUCAGACAUGGUAUGACAGCCGGCUUCAGUUCAACAGCUCUAUGAAGGUCCUUAUGCUGAACAGCAACAUGGUUGGAAAGAUCUGGAUUCCUGACACAUUUUUCCGCAAUUCCCGCAAAUCCGACGCCCACUGGAUCACCACACCCAAUCGCCUCCUGCGCCUGUGGAGUGAUGGACGAGUGAUGUACACUCUGAGGUUGACUAUUAAUGCGGAAUGCUACCUUAAGCUGCAUAACUUUCCUAUGGAUGAGCAUUCGUGUCCACUGGAAUUUUCGAGCUAUGGAUAUCCGAAGAACGAGAUUGAAUACAGGUGGCAGGCUCGUGCUGUUGAAGUAGCAGACCAGCGCUACUGGAGACUUUACCAGUUCGCCUUUGUAGGCCUGCGGAGCAUGUCAGACAUCGCACAUACUCAGUCAGGAGAGUAUGUGGUUAUGACAAUCUUCUUUGAUCUGAGCCGGAGAAUGGGCUACUUCACCAUUCAGACCUACAUCCCCUGCAGCAUGAUCGUAGUGCUCUCCUGGGUUUCCUUCUGGAUCAACAAGGAUGCUGUUCCUGCCAGAACAUCUUUAGGUAUCACAACCGUGCUUACCAUGACGACCCUAAGCACCAUAUCCAGAAAGUCAUUGCCGAAGGUGUCAUACGUGACAGCCAUGGAUCUUUUUGUGUCUGUGUGCUUCAUCUUCACCUUUGCUGCAUUAAUGGAGUAUGGGACACUGCACUACUUCACCAGCAAUCGGCAGAACAAGAAGACCAAGACCAACAAUGCACCGAAAUCAAGCGUGGUGAACAUCAGGCCAGGGACAUCUCUGCUUCAGAUGAACAACAUCGCACCCUACCACGAUGACGAUGAUUACACCUACGAGUGUCUGGACGGGAAAGACUGUACGAGUUUUUUCUGUUGCAUUGACGACUGUCGCUCAGGGGCAUGGCGUGAGAACAGGAUGCACGUCCAUGUGUCCAAAAUCGACUCCUACUCCCGAAUAUUCUUCCCGACCGCUUUCGGCCUCUUCAACCUCGUCUACUGGAUCGGGUACCUGUAUUUAUAAAGUGUGAAAGAGGGAUGGACUCGUUUGAAAUUGAGGAGAUAUUUGGAAAUCAUUUGUAAAUUCUCCACCCUCUUGAUAUAGUAUUUGGCACCAUUAGUCCUCAAUGAGAAUGAAUGGAUAAAAGCUGCUGUUGGAUGUUUUACCAGUGGACGUGUUGUCCGCCAUUGGUGUUUCAUUUAAUGAAGGGUGAAAAUGUGUUUAUAAAGAAAAGAAAGAACAGGCGAAUGUGACCUAGAAAGCGUAUUAUUUUGAUUCACUAUUACAGGACAUUGAAUAAUACCAGCAAGAGCACUAAACAUUUUGAAAAGAAUGACAAAUUGUUAUUUACAACACUUAUGUUCCAGACAGCGUGUGCCAUAGCAAACAAAAUGAUUUCCUAUAUCCGCCUUGCUCAGUGCCAAGCAAUCUUCAGAAUAUUUAUGGUGCAGUGAAGGCUAUAAUUUGAAAUAGUCUUGUGUUGUCAGAGCUGGAGGACAGAUAAAGUAUUUUCUCCUUUUAUUUUGUGCACAAAAUACUAAAUGUUUUUUAGGUUCAGGCAUACAAAGUAAAUAUAGUACAUGCUUCUUAUACAGAUUUAACAGGAUAUUUCAAAGAACUAACAUGUUAACUGUAUACUGCUAAUAGAUGUUGAACUUUAAGUAGUAAAGACACUGCUAGAAAUGCUUGUAAAUACACUAAUAUUCAGCUUACUUGCGCCUUACCAAACCAAAGCAUAAGUAGUUUAAUAUUAUGUGAAAUAGGUUUUGAUGCUUCGAGAUUGACCUUUAAGCCAUUUUCUUGGAAUUAGCUAAUAAUAACAGCCUACUCGACUUGAAAAUGCGGUUAAUGCUGACACUGUAAGAAUUGAUGUGGAAAAAGUCUCUCAUGUCAUUGUAACGGUCGUGUAGACAUUGUCAAUGAGCACAUGCAUAUACACGUUUUUAUGUACAUACUCUAGGUGUACUGAAAAAAUGGUGCUUUGAAUUGACAUGGUUCAAAUGUAUGUUACACAUUAAUAAAAUGUAUUAUCAUCGUCGCAAUUCUUUUACAAAAGAAGUAAACCGAAACAUUUGAAUCAUGUAAAUUAAAGAAAACACCAUUUAUUUUCAGUUACAAUUUUGAGUUGAGGCUAUGCACAACAUGAAAGAAAGCAUUUUAUCAUUUCACUUUGCCAUCUCUGCCAAUAUCUGUAUCCCAGCAAGUGAAAUCAAACGCUGAAUAUUUAUCGAACACAUGAUCAGGCAUGUUGCUAAAAAAGCCUUUAGUGUGGCCAGGAAGUUCAUAAAGCUUGGUCGUCUCGUCUGCGAUUGCCCGACAGCAGCUUUGCUCUCUGCAGGCGAAUCAUUUCGCGAGCGUCUCAUUCCUGUUAUCUCAUGACUCAUCAACGUUCCUGCGGAUAAUGAAUUCAAAUGUUCUUCUUUGUAGGCAGAUCUGCUCUCUCUCUUUCUCUCUCUCUUUCUCUUUCAUCCAGCCCUGCAGACAUGUCAGAUACACUGAAAAAAAGCAGCGGACUGAGUGUCCUUGAUUUGAACAUGAAA